CAGAUCGGCCGACCGCGAACAAACAUCGAUGCACCGCGCUUCCCCUCUCGCCAGCAAGCCCCUGUUCGACUUCAACGGAGACGAGUUCGACGAGGACCUGUCGAUUGCCCGGGCCCGUGCCUCCAAGGUUAUCCACGAGAAGUCGAUCAUCGAUUCACGCUCGGAUCAGCUGCGCAGCCACAGCCUGGCCCCGGUCAGCAGUUCCGUGCUGGAGAACGACUUCGACGAGCAGGUCCAAGCCACAUUGAACCGAAUCCGCGCCAACAAAAACCUUCUGAAGCAACUGCAGAGCGAUGAUACGCUGGAACAGGUUCGCAGUGAAACUCGAUCUAAGCUAAGCGAACAGACUGCCAAGAAACUAGCCGAAAAACUGUCCAGCUACGAUGACUCCAGCGAUCUUGCGUCCACCGAAAAGCAAUCCGUGAGGAAAACUCUCAAGAUUAGAGCAGUAACCGAUAGCAGCUCCGCCUUGGACUCCAAGAGUGCCCUCAAGUGGAAGGACGAAACUGCGGAGUCCUUCGCAGCCAAACGAGCCAACGCCACCAGGGCGCGUCUGGCCGAUCUGGACCAGGAAAUGAUGGAUUUCGAAGAGAAGCAAGCUGCCCGAGCUCGCCGUGCAGCUCAUCUGAAGAAGGUCCUCGCGGAAACGGCGUGCGAUGAGUUGAUCCCAGCCACCACCACCGAACAGGCAGGAACCAAAGUCACAACCGGAAUGGUCCGAUUCAAAACACAAAAGAAGGUUGUUUCUUUCUAAGUGUUGGAUUUACUAGAGUUAGCAACCAAUAAAUUUACCUUAUAUUUUCUGUUUCAAAUUCCUACCUUAUUGUUAUCGUUUAAUCUAUAUACUGUAUAAAUUUUUGAAAAUAAAAUGGAAAAAUAUCACUACUAUUAGGAUGUAAGACAUUCACAUAAUAGAUACCUUUCAACUGGCACUAGGCACUGCUUUUCUCCUUGUCACCAAAUGGCUCAUGACAGAACGAGCUGAGAGCGAGCGUAGAAUUAAUUAAUGUUAGGAAGAAGUAGACAGGACAAUCAUCAAAAAAAUGUAAAUUAUAAAUAGAGAUUUGCUAUACUCAAAGCAAUACCAAAAUAAUGACUCACAGUGCGAAUUAUAACCAAGGUUAACAUUCUCGGGCGAUGAUAACAAUAAUCUAUUUAAAUAUUUGAUGCGAAAAUCCUUGCAGUCGGAGAUUGAUGAACCCUGAGUCAGACCAUGUUUUAUUUUUUUUUCGCAAAACCAACAGACAAGAUGUGAGAUAAAUGGCCGGCCAUCAAAACUUGGCAUUGCCGUACGUAGAUUCAUUUAUUUUUUAUCAGACGAUGUUAGGCAUGUGUUCGAGCUUUUACGGAAAAUCAAAUAAGUCACUUAUACUGUAUUUAUAUUUUACCUGUAACUGACCCAAUGAAAAAUAACAAUUCAAGAUUCACAUCUCAGAUGAAGUAUAAGGCACUCUAGUUUCGAUAUAUUUAUUUCGUCUUUUCAGCUUUGUAUUUCAUGACAAAACUUUUAACCUGUAAUAAAAAGGAUACCAAUGAAAUAAAA